UUUUUAUUUAUUGUUUCAAAGAAACAAAUGAAAUUAUAUUAAAGAAAAGUAUAAUAUACAUUUUAAAAAAUAAAUAUAAGAUAAUAAGAAAAUAAAUAACACAAACAAGAAGAAUAAGCUACUAGGGCCCUUACUAAAUUAAACUUUGCUAACUCAUGUGCUGCAACAUUAUUGACGUAAAAGCAAAUAAAACUUUUCAAAAAGAACCAGUAAAGGCGAAUAUAAGAAUAUAAGAGGUUCUUCCACUGUAAAAUUUUUAUCAUCCUCUGUGAUUCCUCUUACCAUCAAUAAUGAAAUGCUUCAGGAGACAUUUUACUUAAAAAGUGAAGUUAACAUCAAUCAAGUGUAUAUCCAUUUUUUUAGUCAAAACAAGAAUUGUUUGUUUUGAGGGUAUACAAUGAAGAAGAGAGAAAAUUUCUUGGCAUUUUACUUUUUGUUGGGCUUUGGUUUUCUGCGGUUGGAAUAGACAGAAAGAGGAAGAACGGGAAUGCCACAAAAAUGGUGUGCAAAGUAAAUUAAGUUGGAGAGAUUCCAAAAAUAUUCGGAAGUCGUUGUUAAUGAAUAAGUUAGAAAUUGUGAGGUUUGAUAUUUAUAUUUUACACUCAAUUACAAAUUGAAGUAUGUAGAGAUUCAACCUGUAUAUAGCAAGCAAUAUAUAUAUCCACAAGCAACACACAACCCACAAAAAUCCACAAACAAACAAAUAUUGAUGAAAUAAAAAAUCUCAUAACAAAUUCAUAUGAAAAAUCUAGAGAGAAAAAGAGACAAACACAUAAAUAUAAGAGAUGAGAGAGAGAAAGAGAGCAAAAAACACAAAUGUUUUUAUGUGGUUCGAUCAAGGUGAUUUACGUCCAUCGACAAACAAAGAGAUGAUGAUUUUUCAUUAAGAGCAUAGUACCAUUGAUGGGAUUUUGAGAUGAUGAUUUUUCACCAAGAGCAUAGUAACAGUGAUGGGAUUUUGAAAAACCCACUGUUUCUCUCUCUAAAACCAGUAGAAAAGCCUCUCAUCUGUUAUGGUUCGAAUUCCUAGGCUAAUAUAUCAUUAAAGAGGGGCAAAAUCAUUAUUUUUUUUAUUUAUUUUUUUUCCUUGCUUUCUUUCUCUUCACUUUAUCACCAAACAUCAUCCCAUCAAUUUCUCAUGUUCACAACUUCUUAUGUUCAUCGUUAAUUUAGAAUAAAAAAACAACAAAGUGUUUAUAUAGUUCCAUUUAUAAAGUCUAUAAAAGUUAUUGGACAAUACACUAGAUCCCCUAAUUUACAUUCUUCAAUUCCUCCCCCAAAAUAUGGAGAUUGGAAAACCCUCUUCUUCACCAUUCAUAGGCCGAGGCAGCUUCAUCCUUCUUGUUUUGAUGGUUUUGCAUCUUCAAACUAGCUAUGCAAAACAUCAUGAUCAUCAUCUUUGCCCUGCAUCUUCAUGUGGAAAUAUACCCAAUAUAAGCUACCCUUUUCGGCUCCAAACCGAUCCACCAAACUGCGGGAAGAAAAGGUAUGAACUAUCAUGUGAGAAUAACAACCGUUCUACUGUCUUAAACUUGUAUUCAGGAAAAUACCAUGUCCGUGCAAUCAAUUACGAUAACUAUACAAUCCGACUGGCUGAUGUCAAUAUUGACAAGGCUAAUUGCUUCACCGUACCACUUUACUCCUUGGCCGCAUAUAACUUCACUGACGAAUCUCCAUAUUCAGGAUCAUUUUUUAAUGAUAACGGAAAAACUUUGGAUAACAUCUCACUUUCAGAGGUUAUAAUAUUCAUCAAGUGUGAAAAUCCAGUUGAGUCUCCUCUGUUGGUGGAACAAAUACGUCGGAGUUAGAGGAUUCUUGCCGCAUAGAGCUUAUGGUUAUGAUCACAUCACGACUGCAGAGUUUGGGAAAACAGCAGCACCAACGUUUCCUACAAAGACAUACACAAUCAACUUGUAUACGGCUUUGAGCUUUCAUGGUUGACUAGUUUUGUUGAUUUUGGUGGCACUUGCUAUGUCAAUGGCUCUAACAACAUGGUCGUUUGCUUUGACCGGGGUACUAGUGUUCCGACCAAUCUUAAAAUUGGCUGGGAGUAUCCUCUCUUAAGUCUCAAGAUCCUAAUAUACUAUUACUAUCCUAGAAAGAAACAGUUUUCACAAACUGCUUGAAAAAUACAAAAGAUCUAGUUUCUGAUAGUUUUUUUGUGAGAAUUUCUAUGGUCAUAUAUAUAUAUAUAUAUAUAGGCUAGUAUUUAAAGCUGCACACACAAAGUCUUUUUACUUGAUUGAUUUAUUCAGGAUCAUUUUUUUGGACAUCUAAUUUACUAACUAUUUUACUUGUUUUUUUUUACUUGUAGUGCUUGUCCCCAUCAUGAUCCUAUUAAUCGUUUUUUUUGGCUGGAUUCUAUUUGGAAUUGCAUUCCUCAUCUGCAAAUGGCGAAGGCGACAUUUAUCAAUGUAUAACAUUAUUGAAGAAUUCUUACAAACUAACAACGAUCUUAUGCCUAUAAGGUAUUCGUACUCCGAUAUUAGAAAGAUGACUAAGGGUUUCAAGGACAAAUUUGGUGAAGGAGGUUAUGGUUUUGUCUAUAAAGGAAAGCUUCGUAGUGGACGUUUUGCAGCAAUCAAGAUGUUAGCGAAAUCCAAGGCUAAUGGGCAAGAUUUCAUCAAUGAAGUUUCUACCAUUGGAAGGAUUCACCACAUCAAUGUUGUGCGGCUUGUUGGUUUCUGUGCUGAGGGAUCAAAACGUGCUCUUGUAUACGAUUUUAUGCCUAAUGGAUCCCUUGACAAAUAUCUUUUUUCUAAAGAAGGAAUUAACUCCUUAGAUUGCAAGACAAUGUGUGAAAUCUCAUGUGGUGUGGCUCAUGGUAUUGAAUAUCUUCAUCGAGGAUGCAACAUGCAAAUUCUGCAUUUUGAUAUCAAGCCGCACAACAUUCUUUUGGAUGAGAAUUUUAUUCCAAAGGUUUCUGAUUUUGGACUUGCAAGAUUAUCUCCAUUAGGCAACAGCAUUGUCUCUCUUACCGCAGCAAGAGGAACCAUGGGAUACAUAGCUCCUGAGUUGUUUUACAAGAAUAUUGGAGCAGUUUCUAAUAAAGUGGAUGUUUAUAGUUUUGAAAUGCUAUUGAUAGAAAUGGCUAGUAGAAGAAAGAAUUUGAAUGCAGGCACAGAUCAUACAAGUCAAAUUUACUUUCUUUCGUGGAUUUAUGAUCAAUUCAAGGAAGGAAACAAUAUUGAAAUGGGUGAUGCGACAGAGGAUGAAUCAAAAAUAAGAAAAAAGAUGAUUAUUGUUGCAUUAUGGUGUAUACAGAUGAAUCCAAAUGAUCGACCAACAAUGAAUAGAGUCAAAGAGAUGCUUGAAGGAGAUGAUGAAAGCCUACAAAUGCCUCCAAAAUCUUUUGUAUGUCCACAAGAAAAGCCUGUAGAGCUUGUAAAUGAUGAAGGGGUGAAAUCAGAUUCAAGAUACUCAACAUCAACUUCAUAUCAUGACAACUACAGUGAGAUUAGUCAAAUUAUAGAAUCAAGUUAAAGAAAUAAAGAGUAAAAAUGGUAGGUUUGUUGUU